CUCUCUCUCAGUCAGUCAGAAACUCCCCUGUUGCUCGACACGUCAUAACUUUGCGGACUGAAGCAGCAACAACAGAAGCUCCUUCAUUUCAACACAUCUGGAACAGUGUAAAACUGGAGAGGCACAAACCAGCCACACUGUCUGAGCCUAUUUGAGUCAUCACUGACUGAUAGCACGUACUAACUGCAGCAUGCCAUUAGGAGGAGGAAACAAGUGUGGCCGCUGUCAGAAGACAGUCUACUUUGUAGAAGAGGUACUCUGUGAUGGGCGGAGCUUCCACAAGUUCUGCUUCCAGUGCAUGGUGUGUGGGAAGAACUUGGACAGCACAACUGAAGCUGUUCAUAUGGAGGAAAUCUACUGCAAGGCGUGCUACAGCAAGAAGUACGGGCCAAAAGGUUACGGUUAUGGCCAGGGAGCAGGCACACUCAGCAUGGACCGGGGAGAGUCUCUGGGUAUUACACAUGAAGACAUGCCAUUAGGAGGAGGAAACAAGUGUGGCCGCUGUCAGAAGACAGUCUACUUUGUAGAAGAGGUACUCUGUGAUGGGCGGAGCUUCCACAAGUUCUGCUUCCAGUGCAUGGUGUGUGGGAUGAACUUGGACAGCACAACUGAAGCUGUUCAUAUGGAGGAAAUCUACUGCAAGGCGUGCUACAGCAAGAAGUACGGGCCAAAAGGUUACGGUUAUGGCCAGGGAGCAGGGACACUCAGCAUGGACCGGGGAGAGUCUCUGGGUAUUACACAUGAAGAACCUGCUCCUCAUCGUCCCACCAGCAGCAACCCAAACCCAUCCAAGCUGGCUCAGAAGUUUGGAGGGUCAGAAAAGUGCCCUCGUUGUGGCAAGGCCGUCUACGCUGCUGAGAAAGUGAUUGCAGCUGGAAGUGCGUGGCAUAAGAUUGGAUGUUUCACUUGUGCCACAUGUAAUAAGAGCCUUGAGUCAACCACACAAGCUGAUAAGGAUGGAGAGAUCUACUGCAAAGCCUGCUAUGGCAAACACUUUGGUCCCAAGGGGUUUGGGUACGGACAGGGAGCUGGGGCGCUGGUGAAUACUCAGUAGAGAGCAGACCAAUGAGAUCGCCAUUGAUAUCAUACAGAAAGCUGCGCUAACUGUCUUCUAACUGCAGAGGGCAGACUGCUGCCUGUAAACAUACACCUGACUCCAUCCACGUGGAGAUAGGGUCUUAAUCUAUACUUAAUACUGAAACAUAUCUCAUCUGUUUCACCUGCAAUGAUGAUUUGCACCUUUUGCUGUUGUUUCCCCCCUUCGAAUGAAAUCUCAAUAUCUUAUUAACAAUAUUGUAUGUAAUAGACUAAGUACUGCUUUUUUUUAAUGCUUUCCAAACAGAAUGAUAAUAAACAAAAUUGAAAUA